UAUUGAACCGACACAAUGGGUAUGAGCAGAGUAUGGUCGACAGGAGACAAGGAUGGCCCCACUUCUCACACGAAUGAAAAAGGUAUCGGAUGGAUAAUCGGAGCAAUUUUCAUAAUCGGAGAGACAGCCGGUGGAGGAAUGAUUGCACUUUCCUAUGCACUCACUUCAAUGGGCUUAAUCCCCGGACUGAUUUUGCUCAGCUUGUGCUCCAUUUUCUCACUGUACACUGCGCUGGAACUUUGCUGGACAUGGAAGAUCAUGCAGAAUCGAUGGCCAGAGUAUAGAGAUCAUUGCCGAAAGCCUUAUGGAGAAAUGGCGUACCGUACCAUUGGCAGGAAAAUGAGAUCUUUCAUUGCUUUCAUGAUAUGUAUUACUCAAAUCGGAUUCGCCACUGUUCUAGUCCUUCUUGCUGCCAAGAAUCUUUCAAUCCUUCUCCAUUUCUUUUUCUCAUUGGAUAUCAAUCAAUGCUACCUCAUCCUGAUUGUUGGUCUAGCAGUGUGGCCGGCCACUAUGCUCCCAUCGCCAAUGCAUUUUUGGCAAGCCGCCUUGUUUUCUGCGGGCUCUAGUACGUGUGCAGUGAUUCUUGUGGUAGUUGGGUUGGCUCAUGACGCACCGGUCUGUGCUCAAGAUGCUCCACACGAGGAGCCAAAUCUUUUGAAGGCGUUCAUGGCAUUUGGGACGUUUGUGUUCGCGUUUGGAGGACACGCAACACUGCCAACAAUUCAACAUGAUAUGAAGAAACCCGCGCAUUUCGUACAUUCAGUUGUAUUGGCUAUUAUUUUCUGCACAAUGCUCUACAUGUGCAUCGCUGUCGGUGGAUAUUUUGUGUAUGGCAGUACAGUUGGGGAAGCUAUCAUUCCCUCGUUACAAAUCAAAUGGAUCCAGCAGACUGUGAAUCUAAUGAUUGCUGUUCACGUGAUCACUACCAUCGUCAUAGUGAUGUCUCCACCGAUUCAGCAGGUUGAGCAGCUUCUCAAGGUUCCGCAUAAAUUCGGAGUCAAGAGAUUCUUGGUUCGAUCCAUUCUUUUCUGGUUUGUCAUUUUCAUUGGAUUAUCUAUUCCCCACUUUGGACCGGUUUUGGACUUGAUCGGAGCAUCCACCAUGGUUCUAAUGACCUUAAUUUUGCCACCAAUUUUCUAUCUCUCAAUUCGCACUCAGGAAAUAAUCUGGCUGCAGGGUAAUGAAAAGUCUGAUGCUGCAGAGCCGACUCACGAGAGAGCAACGUUUAAGGAAAUUCUACGUCUGACUCCAAAACUGAUCCUUGCCCUAAACGCAGCUGUGCUGAUAUUUGGAAUCAUCGGUGGUACGCUGUCUACUGUAACAUCUGUCAUUCGGCUUGUAGGGUCUGAUAUGGCAGCUCCUUGUUAUUAUCAAUACUUUACUAAAGGUCUACCAUUCUCUGGCGACAACAGUGGAUCUGUUAGCUGCUGUGGUACAUUCCGAAAUUUAACGGUGUCGGGGCAAAACCCUAUUGGAUAUUGUUCACUUCCUGAUCGCUAGACACAAGUAUAUAUGUGAAUAUGUAGCUAUAUUAAUAAGACACUAUCUUCAAUAAAAUAUUUCGACUAA